AAUUAAGUGGACUCUGGUGUUCAGAAUUUCCGCCUUAAUGUCUCCUUUCUGCCUAGGAGAGCCAAAGCCCACAGAUCUCAGAAGCGAUAGCCUUAACUUCAGCUGGGGAGAGCAGCUAGAUGUUGUUGAAUGCUUGCUAAUAAGAUAAGCUAUCUCUGUGGAUAAAAACCAUCUCAGGAAACCUCCACAAUUUCUGGGAUCAUCAGAAUGCUGGCAAAAUCUGCAGAAUGAAGAUGCUCUGGUUUCAAGGAAAUAGUGUGCAACUUGCCAAAUGCUCCUUUCGACUCUUCCUGAGAAAUCUCUCUGCCUCUAAGACUGUUCUGCCUGUGCUGACCUUGUUCACAAAGGACCCAUGUCCGCUUUGUGACGAAGCUAAGGAAGUACUGGAGCCUUAUAAAAACAGGUUUAUUUUACAGGAGGUGGACAUCACACUUCCGGAAAACUCUGCUUGGUAUGAAAGAUAUAAAUUUGACAUCCCCGUCUUUCAUUUGAAUGGCCAGUUUCUGAUGAUGCAUCGAGUAAACAUCUCAAAGCUUGAAAAACAGCUCCAGAAACUUGAGCAGCACGGUGCUGGAUGCUGAUAAACACCCCCGCGAUUUUCCACCCUCGCUGUCCAAAAGGCAUCUUCCUGAGGAAAUGACCAUGGCCCCAUGCUCCUUUUGUCACUUGCACACAACCCUAACGAUGUUCUGAACUCAGUGGUGCCGUAAAUGUUGACAUUCCCUUUCUGGUGGAUGGAAGUACCAGCGUGGGAACUGCUUACCUGUUGGCAUUUUGUAAAAUAAGAGGGGUGUGUGUAUUGGCAGGGAGGGGUGAUGGAGGGCAGGAGAAAUCCAUUUGUUUUAUUUAUUUUUCUUCUUUGUAUUGAUAUAGAAACAUCUCACAUUCAUUGGGCAGUGCUGUUUGUAGGAAGAAGGCUGAGUCCUGCUGCUGCCCUAGGGGCUUCAUUUUUUAAUGAAGGAAUAAAUGCUCUUCCACUCAAAAGAUAAAGUGAAAUGUGAAUUGUUAAUAACUGUGUACGGUCAAUAAAGGGAUGUUUUACAAAUACA